AUGGCCGAUGUCGACAUGACGGACGCGCCCGCCAGCGCCCCCAAGACCAAGACGGGCAAGGCGGCCGGCGAAGGCACCAGCGGGGACGGCAAGAAGAAGUUCGAGGUCAAGAAGUGGAACGCCGUCGCGCUUUGGGCCUGGGAUAUUGUCGUAGACAACUGCGCUAUUUGCCGCAACCACAUCAUGGACCUGUGCAUCGAGUGCCAGGCUAACCAGGCCUCCGCCGCUAGCGAAGAGUGCACCGUCGCCUGGGGCAUCUGCAACCAUGCCUUCCACUUCCACUGCAUUUCCCGCUGGCUGAAGACGCGUCAAGUCUGCCCGCUCGACAACCGCGACUGGGAGUUCCAAAAGUACGGUCGCUGA